AUGAAUAACCUGUUCAAGCCUCUUGUCCUGUUGUCGCUCUGGGGAUCCCAGACGUGUGCGUUUGUGGGAUCAACAAUCCCUCCCCGUCCACCAAGUUCGCUGGCAUUGUCUUAUUUGGAAUCCCUCCAGACACAGACCCAAGUCACCGAGCCCACUCCUGCCGUCAGUGGCCCUUUGGCGACAGUCGGCGGAGCAUCUCCCGUCAAUGGCGCUCCACCAGCAGCUGCUACGGAGAGGUUGGGAUUCUGCCAUGUCCCCAUGGAAUAUUUUGGUCUAGACAAGUUAUCCUCCAAGGGACCUCGGGCCACCUUUGAUUGGGGCGCUCCACAGGAUUGGUCUCGCAAAUUAGCAGAUGACGGAGAAUUCCGCGCCGGAAGUUGGUACUGCUCCGAAGGUGGAUGGGCCUCUCCGAAAGGCAAGGCAGUCACAGAAGUGUUUUAUGUAUUGUCAGGAUAUGGAUGCUUGGGAGAUGCAGAUGGUGUCAAACAUUAUUUUGGACCGGGUGAUGUGGUUGUCAUCCCCAAAGGGCAUACUGGUCGCUGGGAUGUCAACGAACCCAUCCACAAAGUUUGGGCUGUUAAUGAUCAUCCACGCGUAGAGGAACAAUCGACCCCCAUUCGAGUACGAGUCGACCAUUAUAAUACCUUUGCGUCCCAAUAUAUGGUGGAUACCAGUGGAAACGAUCCCUUGUAUGGAGAUACAGUGCCGGCGAAAUCAGCUACCAAUACACUUUACAAUAUUGGGCCCACCAAAGUGGGAGUGUGGAGUUGCGAAAAAGGGUCCUUUCAAGUCCACCAUGGAGCACGAUCCUGGUUCCACAUGUUAGAGGGAGUACUCUUUGUGACAGAUGCUUCUGACGGAAACUGUCGGCGUUGUGUUGCAGGAGAUACCGUGAUGCUACCAGAAGGGUGGUACGGUUGGGUCGAUGUGAUUGAGCCUGCCAAAAAAGUGUGGGUAACAGCUGCAUGA